CCGGCCAACCGCGCGUCAUGGGCUCCACCGAGUUCAUGCGCAUGUUCCUCCUCACAUUCAGCUUCAUUGGGCUACAGUUCUGUUGGGGGUGAGUACGUGUUGGAAUGGCAAAGACAAGCUGGGGCGCAUAUGGCGUGUGGACAUUCGGAGAACAUGCGAGGGCAGAGACAUUGGUCAACCUGCGCAAUGAAUGAGGACAAGACCCGCUGACACUGUUGCGUGGUAUCACAGAACGGAAAUGACAUAUGCGACACCAUAUCUUCUCGCCCUGGGCCUCAGCAAGAGUAGGCUAUCACUGGUAUGGCUGGCGGGUCCAUUGGGAGGACUCCUGAUACAACCGAUCAUAGGGAUGAUCUCAGAUAAGAGUCGGAGCAGGUACGGACGGCGGAGACCCUUCAUGAUGGCAGGCGCGAUCUCAUCCGCGAUCUGCAUGUUGAUCUUGGGAUGGGCGAAAGAGAUUGCGGGCAUUUUCUUCCGGGAUCCCGAGCAGCAACGGAAGAUGGCCAUCAUCCUGGCGGUCGUGGAUAUCUACAUCCUAGACUUCGUCAUAAAUAUCGCACAAUCCACAUGUCGCGCGCUGAUUGUCGACACUUUACCAGCUUCGAAACAACAGCUUGGAUCAGCAUGGUGUGGCAGGAUGGCUGGGAGCGGGCACAUGCUGGUUUAUGCCAUCGGCGCACUCGACCUCAAUGCCAUUCUGCCCAAUUUCAUUGGCGACACACAAUUCAAGAAAGUAUGCUUGAUUGCAGCUCUUGCAAUGGCGACUACACAAGGCAUCACAUGCAUCGCAGUUCAUGAACGGGUGUUGGUCUCGGACGGGAGUAAGAUGAUGCAAGGCAACGUCAGGAAAGAGCUAUUCUCUCUCGUCCGACAGAUCUGGCAUGCAUCGACGAAUGUUCCAGCAAGAAUAGAAGCCAUUUGUCUUGUGCAAUUUUGGGCGUGGAUCGGCUGGUUUCCAUUCAUGUUUUAUGGAAGCACAUGGGUCGGCGAGAUUUACCUUCGCCACGUACGAAAAGCAACAGAUCCAAUUGAAGACGCCUUGACGCUGGUCGGCCGCCUUGGCAGCACUGCUAUGAUCGCUUCUUCGACCAUCACAUUCCUCUCCUCGAUCGUGCUUCCCUGGAUCAUCCGCAAUCCAGAUGAAUCCGCCGCGGCCGCCGACCAACGAACAACGAAAGGUGGUCGACGCCUAAGCGAUGCGCAACCGAUCUCUCGACCGCGCCGCCUCCUCCGCCGCCUUCUCCGCUCAAAACCCACUCUGUUGAAUACCUGGACCGCGGGAAACCUAAUGUUCAUGGCAUCGAUGCUCUUCGCGCCGACGGUCAAAUCCAUUGGCUUCGCCACCUUCAUCCUCGCCCUCUGCGGCCUACCCUCCGCUGUCAAUGGCCUCGCCACCGGCACCUUCAUUGGGAUUGAGGUGAACAAACUCGGCUCCUCGCUCCCCUCCUACGACAUCUCCAGCGGAAACGACCGCCGCAACUCCAACGACUCUGUGGAAUUACACAUCCUCCAUAACCACGGCGGCGACGACUCCGAUUCCGACGAUGACGACCCGCACCGAGGCCGCGGUAGUUCCGACGCCCUGCAUCUCCUCCACGACGCCUCCCUCCCCGCCGCCGUGACGUCCACCGGUGAGCUCUCAGGGAUCUAUCUCGGUAUCCUAAAUAUCUACACGACAUUACCGCAGCUGGUUGGCACGGCGAUUAGUUGGGUCGUCUUCUCCAUCCUCGAGCCUGGGAAGAGUCCUGAGCUUGGCGGCGGGCCCGCGGUCAAGUCGGAGGGCUUGAGUGGGAUUGGAGUUUGUCUGUUCAUUGGAGCGAUUGGAGCGGGCGUGGCGGCUGGGAUGAGUAGACGCUUGACGUGGAUCCAGUGAUUGGGGAAAUGCGAGUAGAAUUAUAAUGUAUUACGGAUUCUUUUGGAUGGGUGGUUUUUCCAGGCGCAGCGAUGAGGGCAUGGAUUUAGCGAUUGUAUGAAUUAUCGAAUAAUUGAUGAGGUUGUCAUGCAAUAGACUUUGUAACAAACGAUAUUUGA